UUUGGUGAUUUAAAAUCCGAAAUCUAUAAAGAAAAACGCCUCCUCCUCCGAGUCAUAACCGAGUCAGCCCGGCGUCUCCACUCACUCAGUCCGAUUCGCUUUCAUUAUUUGCUCACCUCCGUCAAUUUUCAAAUCCACAACAGUUAAUACUUAAUAUUAUAUUAUUAUAAUUAUUGUUUCCAGAUUUCAUUUUCUUUAAACCCGAAAAAAUGAAAAGGAAAAAUCAAAACUCCAACUUUUGAAUCCGAAAAGAUCCUUCCUUUUGGGUCCGGAUCCUCCGAUCGUCUUCCGCCGUCGUCGCUGCCGUACUCUACCCCCUCUCCGGCGCUCAGAUCCUUCAAGCCGUCUCUGCGGUUGGGCCGGAGGUAAUGGAGUUUUGAUUGUUGUUGUUGCGCGCUUAUCGAGCUUGAAGACUGAGUUCUGAGCUCUAGGGAUAGCCGAAUUUAGUGUGUCAUGGAUUCGGAUAAUUUGGCAGCCACCUACGUGCUUGAGGUGGCUCAUCAAAACGGUGUUCGUGGGCAAGCUGGUGUUGUUUCAGACGACAUGAAUGGGACCUUCAGCGAGAAGACUAUGACGGAUACUGCAGCAUCAAACGGGAAAAUUGAAAAUGUUGAUAAGCUGGAUGACGGUGUUAAUAAUAACUCAUCUAUUUGGAAAGCCAAAGAGGCCAAUGUCAACCCUGAAAGCAAUGGUUUGACUGUUGCUUUGACUAUUGCUAAGGAAAACGAAGUGAAAGGUUCUACUCACCCAAAGCCCGCCAAAGUGCAUAAAGGUCCAGGGAAGAGCAAGAAUGAGAAGGCCCCUGGUGCCAAGAGCGUCUCCCCAAUUUCGAUGAAGAAAAGCAAAGAUGGAAAUGGCGCAGAGGCUAAAGCUUCUGCUUCGAAUGGUUCAGCUGCUCCAAAUUCACGCCCCAAACAGCCUAACAAGAGUGGAUCAUUUAAUGGGCGACAGGUUCAGUCAUCCAAUCAGCAACCUGAAAAACCUGAUGCAGAAUUGUCUGAAAGCAGCGUGGAGAAGGCAAAGCUGAAGCCUUUGAAAAAGGGAUCCCAGAAUCAGGCUGAAGGAGAAUCUCAAUCCUCUUUAAGUCCUACAGAAGGAGAUAAACAUCCUAGGGUUGGUACACUUCCGAACUAUGGUUUCAGUUUUAGGUGUGAUGAACGAGCUGAGAAAAGGAGAGAGUUCUAUACGAAAAUGGAGGAAAAGAUACAUGCAAAGGAGAUGGAAAAGAAUAAUUUGCAAGCCAAGUCUAAGGAAACUCUAGAAGCUGAGAUUAGGAUGCUCAGGAAGAAACUGACUUUCAAAGCAACUCCAAUGCCAAGCUUCUAUCAGGAGCCUCCACCUCCUAAGGUGGAGCUGAAGAAGAUACCAAUAACAAGAGCCAAGUCUCCCAAGCUCGGACGUAGGAAAAGCUUACCUCCUGCAGUUUCUGAAGCAAAUGGUAAUACAAGUGGUCAAUCUAGCAGGCUUAGUCUGGAUCAGAAAGUCCCUCAGAACACUUCUAAAGGGCCCUCUCCCGUGCAUCCAAAGAAGCCACAACGGAAAUCUCUUCCUAGACUCCCGUCUGAGAAGACCACUUUACCUAAUGCAGUGAAUGAACGAAAAACGACUUUUAAGGCAGUAAAAGAGGAAAAGACCAACUUAAUUGCUGCAAUGAAUGAGAAUGCCACUGUGCCCACUGCAGAAAGUGAAGCUGGAUCUCACACCCAAGAUCAGGAGGCAGCAGUUCCCAAGGCCAAGGUAAGCGAAGAGCAGUCCCAUACAGAUGACGAGACAGCCGAUGAAGAGCAACAUCAGCCCACCUACAUGCAAGAACCUAUAGCCUCGGAGCAUUGAGCACAAAGCAUGGACAAAACUGGAUGCGCAGAGAGAGCUCCAUCAAAAGGACACUGUUUACUAAAAUAAGAAAGGUAAUAGAUCUUAUCAAUUCGAUGAAGAAGGCAUGAAGAAUUUUGCAUUAUGGUUUGUGAUGUCUGUCUUGCCUGUAGUCAGCAGCAUGGUUGUUUUGUGUGCUUGCUUUCAAGGUUGCUGGUCAUUGUCAUUGGAAUUCUGAAUUCCAGCUUUCUGCACUGUAUGUAACUAUUUGACAGGUUGUUUUUCUAAGUUAUAUGUUUAAGCAUAUGCAUUAGUUGCCAGAUAAUUGGGAAGACUCGGGGAAAAUUUUGGAAAAACUUUUGUUAGAUAUUAGUUCGUGCUUGGAAAAUAUAUUUCAGCUGGUUCUGUUGAACAAUUGGGAAUUGCGAAUCAAUCAAGGCUGAUUUUGUGUUGUA